AAGCAGAAACAGCAUGAUUUGCACACUCCUUAGCCAACACACACCUUAACCCCGACCGACUUUCUGGCUACAGCUUUUCAAAAGAAGGACGUCAAGAUGAAGAACCGUUUGCUUCUCUGGGGCGUGCUGGCCGUUUUUGUCAAGGCUGUUCUUGUCACAGCCCACGAUGAGGAAAGCACUGUUCUCGUCGACAACAAAUGCAAGUGCGUCCGCAUCACGUCCAAGAUCGUCCCUGAUCCCAGCAACCCUGGCAGCACCAUUGUGGAGAGGAACAUCCGGAUUGUCGUUCCUCUGAACACCAGGGAGAACAUCACAGACCCCACUUCACCACUGAGAACUAAAUUUGUGUAUUAUUUGGCUGACAUCUGUAAAAAAUGUGACCCUACCGAAGUGGAGCUGCAUAACCAGGUGUUCACUGCCAGCCAGAGCACCAUAUGUGAGGAACACGACUAUUCUGAGACCUGCUACACGUAUGACAGGAACAAGUGCUACUCGACUCUGGUCCCAAUUAGUCACAACGGAGAGAUCAAGAUGGUGAAAGCAGCGCUGACCCCGGAGUCCUGCUACCCUUACUAACUCAGGCAGCCUGCACCACAGCCAGCUCCUGAAAUGCUCUCCAUUUGGAACUAAAAAGUUGAUAAAUUUGCUACCAAUGAAUUGGAAAACAAAGUGUAUAUAUAUAUUUGGAUGUCCUCAAGUUUUAUCAUUCUCCUUAAGGACACUGAAUAAGUAACAUUAUCAUCUUUA